UGCUGAAGCAUGAUCGCCUCUGAAGUCCUGCUGUAAAGUGAGGAGUUGGCGGCUAGCGCAAACCGAGCCUGUGUGUAGAUACAUACAGGAACUUUUGUGAGGACAGUGGUGCCGAGUUGGAGAUACUGUUCUUCCAAAGUUCAACAUUGACUUUGUUGUACCUCUGCUGAGGCAAGAAAACGCUAAAGACAUCUGUGUCAUCCAGCUACCUCCAGAAAUAAAAUACUGUAAUUAUUUUAUAAUUGUGAGUGGAUCUUCAACACGACAUCUCCAUGCAAUGGCACAUUACAUGCUGAAAAUGUACAAGCAUCACAAAGAAGAAAGUGAUCCUCAUACUCGGAUUGAAGGGAAAGAGACGGAUGACUGGCUGUGCAUUGAUUUUGGUAGCAUUGUGAUGCAUUUCAUGUUGCCGGAGACACGAGAGGCUUAUGAAUUGGAGAAGCUAUGGACUCUUGGUUCCUAUGAUGACCAGUUAGCACAGAUGACUCCACAGUCACUGCCAGAAGACUUUAUAUUUGGACUGACUCCUAACAGCAGUGAUCAUCUUGAGACAGCUCUGAGUGGAAAGAGAAAUGAGAGUGCCUUCACAGAUCUGAGAGACAUACAGCCUUGAUUAAUGACUUAACAGUCACUACAGUUGAUCAGUUCAAAACAGUGUAUUUAUUGGAUGUACCUAGGUAAAGUUCUGAACAAGCUACAAAAAUGAUCAGAAUCAUUGAGGUUGGAAAAGACCCUUAAGAUCGAGUCCAGACAUAAAAUGUCAAAGAAGGAAUCCUAUCAUAAGGGAGCUUCCCGGGGGAGUCACUGUCUCGAUGGAGUUUGCAGCUAGAGGAGUGGGGCAAAGACAGCUGCUUAAGCUACUUACCCUAAAACUCAUGCUCAGCCUCUACAGUAAUUGCUUUUCUCAUUUCUUUGAAAGACCUACCUGUAGUGGCAGUGCAAAAAGACUUGAGUGCUGCCAGGAAAAAACUACGUGAAAUAGUACAGGUUAGAGGAGGCUUCUUAUAUUAAGCCAUUUGCUUCUGGUCACAAUGAAGCAAGUCAUGCUCUGAAUCGAAGGAGAGGAGAAAACAGACUGGUAUGGCCGAGCACAUAAAAGCCAAGAGCAGCAGUGACAAAUAAAUGUGUCUUGAGUUAACAGAACAGUAAGUCAGUUUUUCAGCCAAGGCCAAUCUGUUUUUAAUAAAAAAAACAAAACUUGAAGAGCUUCAAUUCCUUGUCUCCAUGUUAAAACAUUCAGCUCAUUCUAAGUGUGCAGUUGGCCCCUCUCCUAGUUUUCCUCUCACCUAGUUUCUGGAAAAGGACACUGAGGCAACAUGCUAUGGCAGUGUAAACCUUCAGCUCCUUUUGAAGUGGGUGAACGUAGUUCUAAAAGAAACCCUUAGUCAUUGAGCAUUACUUGCUGCUAACGGACUGUCCAGCACUUUCAGAAGUCAUUGUGCAGUGUGUUCUUGGUCUCACUGCCGCAUGGUCUAAUAACCAGUUAGAAGAGCUUCAAGAUGGUAACAAAACUUGUCAAUGCAAAACAAGAUGCUUUUCUCCACUACGGGACAUGGCUUUCGUCAUUAGAUUAGGAUCUCUUCCUUCUGGAGAGGCUUGCUCUGCCAUGCAUCAGGAAGCAGGAACCCUGAGGGCAAUCACCUUUCUCCCCCAUAGCCCCACAAGCUACUUGAAGCUCUGUCUGUAUCUCUUCCCUGCACAGCAGCUGCUGUUUGUAACACUUAAAGAACAUGACCUUGGUUUUUGC